UGCCCGCCGCCAUUACUAAAAUUUACGCGCGAAAACUAAUAUGUCAAAUGAAAUAGUUUUAUUAAUUUACUUUUACGAAUGUUGACACAAAGUAUUAUUUGAACCAAGUUUAGAAUAAUUUUCUUAUUGUUUUUGACUGUUUGUUUAACGUGUAUUAUAAUUAUUUAGUGAAAAUGUUAAAGUUUGUGUUGUGUGCCAAUGUGUUUCUAUUUUUGGCGCCGUAUACCAGUAUGGCUGAAGACAAUAGAACGACUUUGGGAUAUCCAGCGGGAUUGAUGUCUAUUUGUCCCGGCUCCACAAAACCAGCCACAAUCCCCAAGAGCCAGCUGAAGUACUUGUCGUUCGUGGUACAGGGUAACGGUAGGAGCAGAUACAAAUACUCAUAUUGGAAUGCGAAGAAUAUCGCCAAUGAUCCACGGAUUAAUUUUAAAAGAAAGACGUUGCUAGUGGCUAUCGGCUACCUAGACAGUCCCAACCUGCCAAUAUCUGCUAUGUUUGCUAAUGAAUACGAGGAUCGAGGGUACAACGUCAUCUUGGUGGAUAACCAGAGAUUUGCCACUGUGCAUUAUCAUUUAGCAACCCGCCUCAUGCGUCCAGUAGGCAAGCACGUCGCAGAAGUACUAGCCCAACUAACUCAAUACGGUCUAGAUCCAUCUACACUGGAAAUCCUGGGUUUUAGUCUAGGCUGCCACACGGCCGGCUUCAUAGCAAAACAUUUCCAUACAUUUACAGGACGAAACAUAUCUUCCAUCACAGCUUUAGAACCGUCUGGACCAUGUUUUAGGUACCUUGGACCUAAAGAUCGCCUGGAUGCCUCAGACGCAGAUUUUGUCCAGGUCAUCCAUACAAAUAUUGAUGGUUACGGCAUGGCCACUCCCAUGGGUCAUGUAGAUUUCUAUGUAAACGGUGGGGAAUACCAACCAUCAGACAUUAGCAUCUACCCUUGCACGACCACUUGUAGUCACUUCAGGAUCCUCCCAAUUUGGAUUUCUGCUCUAAAAAACCCUAGAAAAUUUAUUGGGAUGAAGUGCAAAGAUAUUCAGCAAGCAAGGGAUUCCCAGUGCUAUGGGAAUGUCCCUCAAGAGACUAUUGUUAUGGGGCUUGGUAUUGACAGAAGAAAAAGGGGUAUAUUUUACUUAGCAACUACAAUGGAGUAUCCUUUUUAUUUAGGAGCGAAAGGGUUGAAAGAAGAGUAUGUCUAUUGGAAAAGGAUGACGAAUGUUAACAGUGGGAAUGAGACGGAAAUAUACACGUAAAGAAGAUUAGAAGAAGACAAAAAUAGCAAUUUUAUUUGGUACAAUUUGUGGAAGAGAAAGGUAGGGAAUAUUUUUGGUCGCUUUGGUGUUUUGGAAGAAUAAAUAAAGUUGUGGUGUCAAGAAUUGGAACUUAGGAGUUUGGUAGUAAGUUAAGGUUGGAAGUACAAAGAUUUUUUUAUUGUUUUGUAAAGGUAUUGUUUGUUAAAACGAGACAAUGUUGCUCAUUGCAAUAGGGUAGUUUCCUAAAUUUUAUUUUAAUGUCCGUCUGGUACACUAAUUUAUAACUUUA